GUUUCUAAUUUAAAAAAAAAAAAUAAAUAAAUAAGAAAACCACUAUAGUUUUCUUUGUUUUGAAAAGAUGUCAUAUCUAACGUCAUAUGACUCAGGUGGUGGCGUUCCAUUUAAGCCAAACAAAGAUCGUGGAUUUUGGUCAAGUUCAAGUGAUUUCUUUUAUGCUUGUGUGUGUAAUGCCUUUCGUAUGGAUGUGGCAUUUGGAGUGGCAGCGGUACCGUUUCUUACAAAAGGAGGAAUUUAUAUGCUCAUUGCGAUGAUCAUCAAUGUCAUCCUAUUUUCCUAUCCAAUUGUAUUCAUGCAAUCCUUCCUGGGCCAGUUUUCAAGUACAGGAUUUAUAUCAUCUUUUCGAGUUGCGCCUUUAUUCAAAGGUAUUGGCUAUAUUUCUUUAGCAAUGAAUCUAUUUUCACUUUCAUAUUAUGCAAUUUUUGUUGCUGUACCGAUUUUAUUUUUCCUACAUUCUCUACAUCCAACUUUACCAUGGAGCUGUGAGGCUUGGCAGCUUCGUAAUCACACUUACGAAUACGAUUACUCUGUAGGUAUUGAAGAAGAAUUCUAAUAACGUUUAAAAAUA